CAGCGACUUAUAGCGGGACUACGGCAGGCAUUCUGACACUGGGGGGAACUGACUUGGUGUCACUGACAUCCCCAUUGACACCAAUACAGUGAUCAGUGCUAAUAAAAAGAACUGACACUGUACUAAUGGCACUGAGCAGGAAGGGGUUAACAUCUGGGGUGAUGAAAGGGUUAACAGUGGGUUGUGUCUGUAUGCUUCAUUGUAAGCACAUUGCUUUGCAUGGCUGUGCACUGUGCUGUGCACAGCCAUGCAAAGCAGUGUGCAGGAGCUGACACGGGAGAACUGUU